AUGCCGCCACUCCCUGCUUUGACUAUUCCUCUCGCCAUCUCCACGCUCCUUGCUUACCUCAAUGCGCGAUGGUCCGUGUUCUACGAUUACCUACUGCUCAGCUCGCUGGUCAAGAUUGUCGUGAGAGAGAAAGUAGCCGAACGACAGGAUCGCUUAAACCUGUUCUACGUCCUCGAGAAACAUGCCUUGUCUCUCAAAACUGCGAACAGGCCGUUUCUCGUCUAUGACGGCCGGACAUGGAGCUACAAGGAGACGUACGAUACCGUUCUCCGCUAUGGACAGUACUUCAAGCAGAAUUUUAAUAUUCAGCCAAAGGAAGUUGUCGCGCUGGAUUUCAUGAAUUCUGCCACUUUUAUAUUCAUUUGGCUUGGAUUAUCGAGCAUCGGCGCCUUCCCAGCCUUCAUCAAUUAUAACCUUUGUGGGAAGCCACUGACACACUGUCUGAAGGUGUCCACGGCUCGACUGCUGGUGGUCGACGAAGAGGUCAGAAACAAUGUUACACAAGAACAGCUGGCAGAGUUCUCCUCGCCCGCUUUUCGGGACGGCAAGGGAUCUGUCGAUGUGGUUUUCUUCACACCGGAGAUCGAGAACCGAAUUCUCGAGAUGCCUGCAGUCAGGGAAGACGACAGCGUUCGCAGCUCUCCAAGGGCUCGAAAUAUGUCCAUGUUGAUAUUCACCAGCGGUACGACCGGCUAUCCGAAGCCCGCUGUAAUUAGUUUGUCAAAAUUAUGGGCUGGGGGAAGCUUCAUCGACGGUCUCUUGUCAUUGCGCACUGAUGAUCGGAUUUACACGUGCAUGCCACUUUAUCAUGCCACUGCUUCAAUCUUAGCUUUCUGUACAGUGCUUCUGAAAGGAUGUACAAUUGUUAUUGGCCGUCGAUUCUCAGCCAGGAACUUCUGGAAAGAUGCACGUGCUGGUGACGCAACAAUCAUACAGUACGUGGGCGAGACCAUGCGAUAUCUAUUGUCUGCCCCCAAGCAGAUUGAUCCUGUUACAGGUCAGGAUCUAGACAAGAAACAUAAUAUUCGCUUGGCAUAUGGAAAUGGCAUGCGGCCCGAUAUAUGGAACCAAGUCAAGGAACGCUUUGGGCUCGAGACCAUUGUGGAAUUCUAUACAUCAACUGAAGGGUUCUCGGGACACUGGAAUCGAUCCUCUAACAGUUUCUCAGCCGGUGCGAUUGGUCGCAAUGGACGUAUUAGUGAACUCGUCCUUGGACGGACCCUCGCACUUGUGGAAGUAGAUUAUGAACUGGAAGUGCCACGCCGUGACCCAGUUACGGGCUAUUGCCGCCGUGUGCCCAAAGGCGAACCUGGAGAGUUGAUAUAUGCCUUGGAUCCGAGUGACAUCUCUAUGAAGUUUCAAGGUUAUUACAACAACUCUAACGCAUCGAACAAUAAAAUUUUGCGCGACGUCUUUGCCAAAGGCGAUGCCUGGUUCCGAACCGGCGAUACUCUGCGAUGGGACACAGAAGGCCGGUGGUACUUCAGCGACCGCAUCGGAGAUACGUUCAGAUGGAAAAGCGAGAACGUAUCAACAAGCGAGGUAGCCGAGACACUUGGUAAUCACCCUGCUAUCUCCGAAGCAAACGUAUAUGGCGUUUCCUUGCCUCAUCAUGAAGGACGUGCGGGCUGUGCUGCCAUUGUCAUAGAGACGGGGGUAGUUGAUGUGCCAGCAGAGAUUCUGGAAUCACUAGCUAUGCACGUUAUCGCAAAUCUCCCACGGUUUGCGCUUCCACUCUUCUUGCGAGUGACUGCCGAGUUAGAGAAGACCGGUAAUAACAAGCAGCCAAAGCAUAUAUUACGCGAACAAAGUGUUGAUCCCGCAAAGGUUUCACCGGACGAUCGUGUAUAUUGGCUCCAGGGAAAUAAAUAUGUUCCUUUUACUCUACAGGACUGGCAAAAGCUCUCUGCAGCUCAAGUGAGGCUAUAA